AUGACCACACCCAUCUCGAGCAGCUACCCCGGGAAGCUAAGCACUCAUAACUCUCCUCUGGCACAUGAGUCCCGGUCCGGUGUGUACAGCACACCUGGAUCCCCGUUGACCUUGGACCCUCCGAUGAUGUCUUCUGGCCCGGCGCCCACAUCGACCUCUGUCCACUCCACGCCAACCUUCCACAGCCGGCGGAUCAGUGCGGGCCCAACUCCCAACCCAAGCCCGCAAGAAACAACCGCUAGCACUCCUCAGUCUGUCUACAGCCACUUUGGACGGUCGUCUCCUUCCUUGUCUGGGCCAUCGCAGGUGCCGCCUAUGGUGCAUCCUUCGCCCUACGGAACACCUGACUCUGCCAGCCGCCUCCCACCUGCGAUGGGAGACCACCGUUACCCUACGGAACCCCCGAUGCAGACGGACCAGAACGGCACACUGAUCCCGUGCGUCCUGGACCUCAAGUCCGGUUCCUCGAGCCAGGCAGAGAAGCGCAAGGCCAACAGCGAUGCAUCGCGCCGGUUCCGUAACCGCAAGCGAAAUGAGCUGCAGAUGGAGCAGAAGAUUACUGCCCAACAGGAGGAAAUGCGGAAACAGACCGACCUCCUGCAUCGGCAAACUCAAGAAAUUCGCGCUCUAGCGCAGGAACGCGAGUACUACCGCUCCGAGCGGGACUUCUACCGGGAACAACUCGGUCGGGUACUCCCUCCCAGCCAGCUUCCUGCACGCCCAGCCUCACCUCGGGCACUGUCGUCUGUCAUGGAGAAGCCCGUAGACCGCGGCAACGAGUCGGUGUGGCAGCAGAGCGCAGCACCCGCGACAAGCCUUCCGGCCCCCAUACCUGCCACGAGGGCGCCAGGCGCAUGGACGACGGCGCCGUCCGCAUACUCUACCGCCCCAACCGCGAACACCGUGGAGGAGCCUGCCCGGUCGUUGCCUCAGAUCUCUGCGACCUGGGCACGGUCCUAA